AAAUUAUUUUUAUUUUAACAGACAGAGAGAGCGACGCUUUCGUGGCUGUAAAAAACUAUUAUUUAUAUUUAUUUCAAUCCUUUAUAUUGUUCCACCAAUUGGUACUGUUAUUAUUCGCACUUCGCUACGGUUUCAGUUUCUCGUUGAGAAUCGGAGAGGAAUGGAUUUAUAUCGAUGUCUUUGAAUUCUGUAACGGGGAAGUGUAGGAUUACUUCGAGUACUUUUCUGAAUUGAAAAUUGAAGGUUUUCUGAAGAAAUUCUGGACUAGGAAAGCAUGCACUCAAAAUCCGAUAAUGGGAGUCAGUUAGAGCCCAGUGCACAAACUGUUUCUCCAUCGACAGUAAGUGCUCAACCAUGGUGGCGUCCAAUUGGGUAUAAAACUGUUUCUCCUGUCGUAGGAGAGAGUGCAUCAAAAUUACCUCCAUUGGAGCCUCCAAGUGGUGGUGGGGGAACAAAAGCUGGGCAAGCGCAAGAAAAUGGUGGCCCAGAAAACGGAACUGAUGUUAGUAAAGAAACUCAGACAAGUGCUGCACCACAGUUAGGCUCUAAUGGAAAUUGUGGACAAGAGAGUCCACAUAUGCAGCAUGGUUCAACUACAGUACCUCAUACGACAAGUGAACCCCUUGUACCAACUACCCAGCUGGAACUUGUUGGCCACUCAAUUGCUUGUGCACCGUAUCCAUAUUCUGAUCCAUACUAUGGGGGAAUGAUGGCUGCUUAUGGAACUCAGGCUCUGGCACAUCCUCAUUUACUUGGGAUGCACCACCCUAGGAUGCCUUUGCCUCUUGAAAUGGCAGAGGAGCCUGUUUAUGUGAAUGCUAAGCAGUACCAUGGAAUCCUGAGGCGAAGACAGUCACGUGCCAAGGCUGAGUUGGAAAAGAAACUGAUAAAAGUUAGAAAGCCUUACCUUCAUGAAUCUCGGCAUUUACAUGCUAUGAGAAGAGCAAGGGGUUGUGGGGGUCGUUUUCUUAACACAAAGAAACUCAAUGAGGAAUCUGCCAAGUCCAUAGAUGAGAAGGGCAAUGAUUCUUCUGCACCCCUUUCUACGCAAUCGGCAAGCUCAUCAGCCUUAGAACCCUUACCUUCUGGUUGUGCAACAAAUGUGAAUUCCUCCAAUAAUCAGCAAGAAAGAAAAGGGUCCUCGGUCCAGGAUAUGCACCAACAACAGACCUACUCCAAUGGCAAUGGCUGCUACCAACAUAAUCAGGGAUUUCCAUUGUCCAAUUUUCAUUCCUCUCUCUCAGAAGAGAGAGCGGAAGAAGGAGACUAUUUGGGCCAGCAGAGGGGAAGUAUUCCUGUGAAUCAGGCCCCAAAUAGGGCCCUCACCAUACAGUGAAAGCCGCCCCUUGCAUGGGGUUGGUCGGUCUCCCCAGCGUCACUUUACUGGUCAUAUCUGCUACCUCUGUAACCAAUUUAGUGGUGGUGGUCUUGCAUUCAUAAUUUUGUAGCUCUGUGGAGAGGUUUCUCUCGUGCGUGGCUCCUUACAUCUUCCAUGGAAGAGGUAAUAGAACGUGGCACUGGAGGCAUGAGGCCCCCCACGUAACCAGGGAGGGAACCCACUAUUAUCUGGUGUUUCUCAGGCAAUUCAUUCUUGGCUUGGUAUUUUUGCUUUUGUUUGGAGGGGAAUAGGCAGUAGGAAUGUAUUGGUGUGAUGUGCCACUUCUCUAGUCCACCAUCCACCCACUGCCACUUCCCCAUGUUAUCAUGUACAAAGAAAGUAAUGUAGUAGACGAAGCAAAUGUGAAGGAUAAUGAACAAAGAUCUGUUUUUCCUUUCAUCUCUGUCGGAUUUGAAGAUUCCGAACAAUUAGAACCCAGGUUUGUGAAAAUGUCUCUGUUUAAAAGAUGAAGCCUCGUUGGCAGUAGAUCUGUUUUCUAAAAUGAAUGAAAACCUUGCUCCUUUGUUAUA